AUGGCACACACUUCCUGGCUGGGUCAGCGGCCUGACAGAUUAGACAGCGUGUUCACCUGGGGGUCACGGGACAUGGGCUUUAGUCCAGGUUCUGCUAUCAGCCAGGUCCAGGAGCUCCACUCACAGCUGCCACAACCCCAUGAAAAGUCAUCACUCACCUUCUCAGGAGACACCAUCACCAAGGUCCCCACAGGCCCCAGAGUGUUUCAGACGAGAGCCUGGCAAGUAACCGAUCGGAGGACACUUGGUGGUGACGCCCAAGCUUCAUGUGCAAAAGCUUUUUCCUUUUUGAUGUGCUUUGACUCAUUCAUUCAACAAAUGCUUAUUGAACAUCCACUCAGCUUGUCUGUCCUUUAUCAGCCCAAUCUACAAGGUCUGGACGGAGAACCUAGAGGGCAGGAGGAGAGUAAUUCUGUUCCUCCCCUGGAUGUCUGGUUUGACAGCAGAGACAUCUGUCGGCUCCCAAAGCUGUCUUCUGUUUUAUACGUCCUGGAAACAACAUAA